UGCUGCCAUGGCCGUGCGGGGGCCCUUGUUUGGGAGAGCAACACCCACAUGCCUCGUACUCCGCUCAUCAUUCCUCCCGCGUAUGCACGACGGACAAAUGGCGGCGCCGGUUGAGCAUCCACUCAUUCUCUUCGUCACGACCCCUCUGCUCUUCGCCAUCACCUUUUAGCUUGUGCUUCUGUCUAGAUACCCCUCCAUCAAACAUCCCAUCAUACCCACGCUACGUCUCUGCUCUACAGACAGCCCUCAGAGGGCCCUCCUCAGGACGGCAAGCAAGUGCAACACUCGACUCGGCAAUUGCUCCAGGGCUCAUUUAUAGCCACACACCGUCACUACUCACAACAGAGCCUCGACACCGUCUGUGUCCUUGGCAAUUCAUCUCCCCCUCGUCCUCUGCUUGCGUCUUCGAUCGUCGAACUUGUAUACCGUUGAAAGCAUACCACCACGCAAACCCGCACACACACAACCUCACCUUGGUCAACAUGGUGUCUGUGUCUCGCCCCGCUCCGAAGACACGCCGAUCCCUCUUCUCCUUGAAGAAAGCAGCAGCCAGUCAGGAUAUCCCUAGCGUGGACAAGACAGCGGCUCCGGCACCAGCAAUUGCAUCGGAGGCUGCUCAAGCUGCCUCGUCCAGCUCCCGGCCGCCCUUGGUCACUCAAGGCUCUAGCUCGUCUUGGAUCGAAGACUCUUCCCCUCCCUCCUCGCCGCCGGCCAAGUCAAGGCAGUCGAGCGAACGCAAAGGUCAGGUGGCCUCCACCCCGUCUCCAGCCUCUGCCGCUUUCAAGUUCCCAGCACUAAGGACCAGCCGAGUUGCUGGAUCAUCCCAUGUGCCGGCAAAGGCAGCCUUGACGACAGGCUCAUCACCCAGACGACCUCGCUCGCGUAGCUCGCCAGCGGAUCGCGCCCUAGCACGUCUGGACAAGCACAGCAAGAAUCGCUCCCACUUUAGCAUUCCCGAUGUUAUGGUCACUGCUGCCGAGGAAGAUGGAGAGGAAGUCUACUUUGAAGUCGAGGUGCCAGCCGAUGACAGGAGGAUGAAGCUGCACACAGAUGCUGUUGCAGGUGAAUUGGAGGGUCAGAGCCAAGGCAAUGGAUACGAGGGGGCGGGGCUGGAUGUCGAACAACCACCGCGCAAAUCGCUGGGCGGUAAGAUGAUGCCCUUUUUGCGAAGAGAGUCUUCCGAGAGGGACGAGGUGAGAGGUGUUGUCAUUACCACUUCUCAGGCUUCGAGUGGUCCGGCUGCACGCGCACCCAAAAAGGCCAUCUCUGGCAUCUUUGGCAAGAAGGAGAAGAAUGUUGAAACGGCCGUCCCAGUUGCUAGCAAACCUGCAGAAGAGACGGUGGCACAGAGAAGUAAUUCGCCAUACGGGCAUCCUGGCUCUGCAUUCGACUCUUCCGGGUCUCUGCCGCUCUUGUCCUCCAAGGACUCGCUGCCUUCAUCAUCGACUUCGAGCCAUUUCCCUCGAACACCGCCAGCCAGCGAGAGCACGUUUCCAGAGGGCAUCUCGGGCAAGAAGGUGGUGCCGGUGGCAUCUGCAGUCUCAAGUGUUACCACGGCGGACGUCGCAGCGAGCAAGAAGCAGCGCAAGGCGAAUCAAAAAGAGGAGCUAGCGCUGAUCAAGGAGCUGGCCAGGAUUGACAAGAUGGUCCGCGAGCACGAUGCCAAGGCAAAGAAGGAAGCUCCCGUCAGUGCACCAGUAAAGACGCCCUCGAGGAUGAUGACGAUCUUUGCGGCGAGGAAGAAGGGGCCGGCGCCGGCCAGGAAGGUUAGCAUGGUCAAACGCAGCGCCAGUGUUGCUGGACGGGAGCGCAGAGUGAGCGCUCAGCACAGUCAGAGCAACAAGGGUGGCGCCUCAGUAUCGUCGACCAAGGCACCCGCUGCCCCGAACAAUGGCCCUGCAAAUCGCAGCGCAGCUGGACCAUCUGCGCAACCGGCUGCUCGCAGCUCUCUCGACGGAGGCGAGCGCAGCGAUGACAGUGAAGACCGCCCUUCCUUUUCUGGCAAAGAAUGGUCUGCAGACCUCCCCACUACUGCAUUGAGCAGUCUAGCAGGCAAGUCGGGAAUCCGAUACCCGGGUCUCUCGACGGACGACACGCUCGACUUUACGCUCUCCUCCGACAGUGAGCUCCCUGUAGGCGUGACACUGCCGAGGGAGGACUCGGCGGUGAUUCCUCUCGCGGCAGUCGCAGAUGAAUGCAACGGUGAAGAGGGUGAGGAGGUGGAGAGCAUCUCACCUUCAUCGACGUGGAGCGAGAAACUCGAUGGACAGGAAGGCGAGAACCACCAGCCGCUGCAGCAGGAAGAAACGAUCAGCAAGUCAUCAGAGAGCCCGCCCGUAGAGUCUGGCUCAGCCGCCUCGCCCACGCCCCUGACAAGACAAGUGUCGCCUCCAGAGGCCGCGUCUACGCUCCCUCCACGUCCCCCUCGCCGGCAGAAUUCUGCGCCAGCUGGCGACGUGCCACGCAACGACGCUAGUGCCAGCCGUCCUGUCCCUCUGCAGUCCCUAUCGAUGAACAAGAUGCAUGGCCCAUCCUCCAGCGCCAAGGCCAACGCCAACGCCACUGCCGCUGCUGUCGCGGUACAAACAAUGAGCUUCAAGCCCGGUCAGAUUAUACCAGAUACCCUUCCGAGUACUUCGGGAACUCGAUGUGAUUCGCCUUCGCUGAGGUAUGCGAGCAAGAUGGCCAAUGGAACCGGGAGUGGGGGUGGGCCGGAAGAGUUUACACCUUUCAGGGCGGCUAUGAUGGUUGCUGGCCCGUCGUUUGUGGCUGAUCGGACGGGUCAGCGGAUGUGAGUGAAGCGGGCGAGAGGGACACGAGCCAUUGGCGUAAGAGUUCCACCCCUGCUCUCUGUCUGUCCCUUGCGUCCUUCCUUUCCCUGCCUUCUACCUCUAUUGCCGCGCCGCGAGACCCGAUAUUCCUGCUUCCUUGCAUGUUCUUGUACAACAGCUUUGCUUUCAGUGUACCUAUGCCAUUAUUGAUCUUCUUGU